AUGACGGCAAAUAGUGGAGUAGUGAAGCACGAAGUUGACGAAGAACAUUCGGAACUGCCUCCUGAUCAUCCUAGAAAACUAAUUCCUGAGCUAUGUCGAUUAUUCUAUCAACUUGGAUGGGUCACAGGUACGGGCGGCGGUAUUUCGUUGAAAUAUAAUGAUUUGAUCUAUCUUGCGCCAAGCGGCGUACAAAAGGAACGCAUUGCAGCCGAACAUCUAUUUGUGCAAACGCUUGAAGGUGAUACCGUGACCGAACCAUCGAAAGAGCUUCGUUUAACUCGUAGUCAAUGCACACCGUUGUUCUAUGCUGCAUUCGAAUUACGUCAUGCUGGUGCUUGUAUUCACACACAUUCUCGAGCUGCUGUCAUGGUGACAUUGCUGUGUGCCGAUCAACAUGAGUUUCGUAUUACACAUCAGGAGAUGAUUAAAGGAAUCAGAAAAGGUUCAACAGAAAAAGAAUAUUAUCGUUAUGAUGAUACGCUGGUAGUUCCGAUUAUUGAAAAUACUUGCGAAGAAAGAGAUUUGACUAGCUCAUUACGUCGUGCCAUGGAAUUGUAUCCUGAUACAUGUGCUGUUUUAGUUCGAAGACAUGGUGUUUAUGUGUGGGGUGAUACAUGGCAAAAAGCAAAGACGAUGUGUGAAUGUUAUGAUUAUCUGUUCGAAAUUGCCGUAAGCAUGCGCUCACACGGUCUCGAUCCAGCGAAACAACCGGAAACAUACAAGAGUCCUUUUGUUUGA